CAUGUGAGUGAGGUCUGAAGUUGAAAAGGAAAUGAUGUUGUUGUAUCAUGUGCUGAAGUUAUUUCUACCAAGCAUCUGUACUUAUAUUAAAAGUUGUAUUGUAAUACAUACUUUGACAUUUGGUCUGUGAUUCAUUAUCAGGAGGAAAUUACAUGUAGUGAUUUUCUUGAACCUGAUAUAGAUGCUGACCAUGGCUAACAUGGGCCGAUGGCAGACCCAGUUAUGUGCCCUUGCCACUCUGGCUGUGCUGCUACAUCAAUGUCAAGUGUCUGGUCGAAUCUGCGAACCUUCAAAUAGAACAGGUCCUGUGUUCUUCACCCAAGUGCUUAAUGUGGCUGAGUACAUCAACUAUGGGGCAUCCAAAGCCUUGCUCUGCUGUGCCAGUGGCUUCCACUCCAUUCAGUGGCAUAUUCUGAAUGCGACCGCGGCAUGGGAACCCUACCCACCUGACGGCUCGGGCACAGAACAACCCAACACAGAAGAGGAUGAUCAAGUGCUGAGAAUACAUCACGCCAUGGAUUUCCAGAACACACAGUUCCGGUGUGACUUGAUUGUCAAUGGAACAGUUGUGUUGAGUCACACUGUACGGCUGUAUGUCUCUCAUUGUUCCACACGAGCGAAGGGACCAAUACUUAUUGAGCCUUUCCCUCAAAACCAAACGAUUUACGACUAUGGCGGCAAUAUAAGCUUGUAUUGCACUGGCGAUUUCGGGUGUUACAAGCACAAUGACAUUCAGAUUGUCAGGUGGUCAGUGGGCAAUAAUGCUUCAGGUUUCAGCGACAGAUACCAUCUUGUGACAAAUGAAAGCGAGGACAAGGCGACGCUGGGAGUAACUCUGACCAUCGAGAAAGUGGAGCCAAUAGAUACCACUAUAGCGUUUGUAUGUACUAUCAUGAAUGACCAGUUUUAUCAUGGCCAGACUGACAGGAUAGUGUGGAUAACAAAGAAAGAUAGACCAGAGUCACCCACAAUGAUGAUAGUGAUGGCAGUUUGUAUACCUGUUGGAGUAUUCUUGACCACAUUCCUGGUAGUGAUCUGUGUAUACAGAUGCUGUGGGCCUCAGGUUAAGCUGUGUGUCUAUGUGAACUGUCCAUGCUGUCGUCGCAAGGGUUUGGAUGAGGAAAAGUAUGAAUACCAUGUGUUUCUUUACCAUGCUGAUGAUGACGGUGAAAAGGCAGAGAAGAUCAAGCAGAAGCUUACAGAAAAAUUCUACGAUGUCUUUAUAUCUGCUGACAUUAAUGCGGGAACAGAGUUCGUUGUCACAACAUCAGCAUAUUUCGAUAAGAGCGCAGCCGUGCAUUUUCUGUAUACGAAUAAUCUGCUUCAUGAUCGAUGGGCACUGCGAUUUCUCACAACCUUGAUGGAAUAUGGGAAAGAUAUUCUCUGUUUGGAAAUAGAUGACCUUGAACCGGAACACGUUAUCUCGACAAUCGAGGAAGGACAAUUGGAGACCGAUGGUUCAGUUAUGAAUGGUGUUGAGAUUAAGUCGGUCAGUAAUGAUGUUGGCUUUUGGAAGCGUCUUCCAAAAGUUAAGGUUCCAACUGAAAAAGAUUCGCAGAGAAAACAUAAGAAUUUCUGGUGUCAUCUGCAAAACAAACUCCCAAAACCUGGGCGAGAAACUAUGGUCAAUGCAAAGGCGAAAUGUGACGAUAACAAUAGAAGAAAUUCUGAAAGGCCUCUACUGGCGGAAAGUGCGCCUUCUUCUCCUAUGAAUUUUAUAGGACCACGUCAAGAAGUAAGCCCAACCUCUGAUGCUGUGUUUGAAUAUGAUGAAAAUACCGAAUACUAUCAUCGCAAUGCGAAUAUGGACAAUGCUUUGAGAGCAGAAACAUACCUACACAACCAGGUUCUGCAACUGAACCCACAACAAGCGACCAUAUAUGAUCGGAUUCUAGAUCAGGUCGAAAGGCAGGAUUCUGACCAUGAUAUUGCGAUGGCCCAUAUGUAUAUGAAUGCUUUGGAAACAGAGAAUGAACAAGUAACAAGAACAAUUGUAGCUGACAAUCAAACACAUGAAAAUAAAGCUGAAGAUUUGAAGUUUAUUGACCCAAAUUGGAGCAAUCAUGACACUGAUCAACAUGGUAAUGCAUCACAUUGUGACGCUGAUAACUUGAUUCAUCCUAUGCGUGGAGAGGGUUUCAUGUACUCUGGAGGUGAAUCGCCACCAACCAAUGCAAGUAUGUCUAGGCCAUCUGAUUUCAAUGACUAUUUGUUUAGAUCUGGUUCCUAUACAGGCUCUUCAAGUGGAUAUAAUUCAGCCGGCAUUUCUGGUCAAAGUGACCGUGGAUAUAGCAGAAGUGAGACCAGUUCAUCAUUUGUCGGGAACAGCGGUACAUCGCAGUCUCUUUCCCCGACCAAUCAAAGUUUCAACGGUCUAUCUUCUGGGGAAUUUUCAUCCGUAACCGAUAGUGGAGUGUUAAAACAUGUAGAUAAAAAAGCUCUGACACUUACAAUAGGGCCGACUGGACAUACACAGAAUGUAAGCAAUACUUUUGUUUCGCCUGAAAGUGGGUACAAAUGCUAAUCGACCUUUCAUCUCAAUAACGGACUGAUGGGGAUGAAUUCCAGAAGAAUUACGAUGUAGUUCAAAUGUGAAUGAUAUCCACCUGUAUAUGGUUUUAAGAGAAUAGUGUUCGAUGUUCCACUUAUCAUUGUAUCCGUCACAGGGGUAACAAUUCAUAUGAUAUACCAAAAAUAGUCGGUUUAAAUCAAAUUUUCAUUAAACCGUUAUGAAAGUUUGUCACUUUGUUUGGACGAGUUUCAUAUAAUAAGCAUGAAAUUAGUAGUUUCGAAUCUUUUUGUAACGUAUUGUAAAUGAAAUAAAUAUAUCUUUGGGAUAAUUGCUGGUUUCCGUGGAUUAUCAUAAAACAGUUUAAUUUACAAGUUAUCAGCAAAAUUAUAUUUAAUUAAU